CGCGAUUAUGUGCGCAAGAACGACAGCGAGGUACGCGGAGGAAUUUUGUCGAACUAAAGAGGAGAAGGAGCGACAACUUCAAGUGCUGGAGGCAGUUUUUGAGCAGCCUCGAGUGGUGCUGCACAGAGCAGACGUCAGCAAAGAACAUUUUCGUCUCGGGCGGCAAGAGUCCGAAUCUCCCAGCCUGAAAGAGGCGGACGGGCAGGACCAGGAGAUCCCCACGUUGCCAUGGAUGGCCGUCACGUUGAAGCGCCAAGGAGAAGGCGGAUCCCAAUCGCACAGCUUCUUAGCUCCACUCUCAGACAGCGACGACAUCACGUCGCAUUCUUCUGACUAUGAUGAUGAUGAUGAUGACGACGAUGAAGAUGAACACGUGAAAGGCGAUGUGACGGCCUACGCUGACAAACACGUCCGGUGUUGUCAUUGUGACAAAACGUUCGACAACGGGUCGCUUUUGAAAGCGCACACAAAAACGCACGCGCCUCGUUCGUCCUCAUUUUGCGGCAAAACGUUCCACGAGAAAACUCAUUUACGGCUCCACACGAGGACGCACGCGGAAAGCAAACCGUUCGGCUGCUCGCUUUGUGACAAAAGCUUCAGUCAGAGGAGCUCCUUGACGGCGCACAUGAGAAUACACACGGGGGAGAGACCGUUCGCCUGCUUGCUCUGCGGCAAAAGAUUCACUCAAAAUUCGAAUUUGACCAGACACAUCAGAACGCACACCGGUGAGAAGCCAUUCAGUUGCAGCGUGUGCGACAAAAGAUUCAAUGAGAAGUACACCGUCAAGCGACACAAAUGCGUGAGGAGGGCCGCGGUCGGCCACGCCGGACAAUAAACUCAGCAGUCCCGUUGCGGUCUUGGGGAAUCGUUCUUGGGGACUCCCUUGCAUAAUCUCCUCGGCGCCACGUCGCUUUGCAAACCACACACUUGACCAAUCAUCCCAAUAUUGCGAGAACCUUUUGCCCUAUUUUCCAUCCUUCCAUUUUCCGGGACGCCGAUCCUCACAAGGGCGGCACAAGCCCGGCCAUCUUAACGAAGGAGGGCUGGUUGCCAGCCAAUCGCAUGGCACAGAGACGGACAACAUCCACCUCGGGGCAAUUUUGAGUCUCCAAUCAAUGCAUGUUUUGGGGAUUUGGGAGGAAACCGGAGUACCGACGCAGAACAUGCAAACUCCACACAUUUGGGGCCGGGAUUUGAACCCUUGUACCCAGAACUGUGAGCCAGUCAUCCACCAUUUCUCCGCCCUAUUUUCAGUUUUUGCAAAAGCCUCGGCGCUCCUCGGUCGUGCUUUUUCAUUGUGUAAAGGUCUUUCGCUCUCCGUGUCAGUCGGUUGCGUUCGUGUUUGUGGUCGGCGUCCGGUUGGUGUUUUUGGAAUUUA